AUGAAAAAAAUAACUUAAUCAUUAUUUUGGUUUUACUUUUGUUUAGAUUUAGUAGAAUCAGUUUAAUCUUAUGCGGAUGUGAAUCCUCUAAACUUUGUAAAUGAAUAAUUCAAGCCGAGUACUUAAGAUGAAACAAAUUAAACAAUAAAGGGAGCGAAUCAAUACAUUACCAAAUAUACUUUGAAUGCAUUUACUUUGACUGAGUUGAUAAUCGAUCUCAGACAUUUGGAUAAGUAUACUGACGACUAGGGAAUCUCAUAAUUUAAUUACACUUAAGACGAUUGGAAUAUCAACAUUAAAUUGGAUGAUAACACAAUAGCUUUGCCUGAUAUUUUUGAAUAAGGUGAUGUGGAGAAGGUAAGUGAUUUUAAAUUUAUAAUCUUUGCAUAUAAGACAAUAACAUUUUAGAUUCUGUUUCAGAUCAACUCCUAAGAAUUUUAUGCUUAGAAAUAUCAAUUCAUGAACACUACCAAGGUUUAGAAUAUGGAACCAUCAACAGCCUUAGUAAAUACAAAUAGCAUUUUUGUGUUCAUACAAUCCAAGGCAGAUUAGAUAGCCUUGCCUGCCAAUACCCUUCCCCUAAAUUCAUUUGAUUAUCAAGAUCACAUAAUAUCCUAUUCAUCUAACAAUUUCUUUAAACAGAAUUCCUACACUACCUACUCACCACAGUCUAAGUAUUGGGGGGACAGAAACAAUAUAGUCAUUCCCUACAUUCCCUUUUUCUCCAAUUGCUAAGGAUUUGGCUAAUAUAUUUACUUUUACCAAUUGAUCUAACACGGCAAUUGCACACUUUACAAUGAGAAUGAAACUGAAGCAAUCAACCCAUUUUAAUUUAGUAUGAGUCCCAUAAGUGAUGAAUGUAAUGAUUUAAAAUUGUAUUGCAUUAUGGAUGAGAAAUACAAUAUCAAUCCACGAUUACCCAGAUGGUUUGAAUUGAAUGACAAGGACACUCUAUUCUUUAUAUAAGCAGACCCACUGGAUCCAAAAGAUUUCAGCUCAAGUUAUGAGGCACCGUCUAAUGGAAUUGUUGAAAUUUAGACAGUAAACUCAAUCCCGAGUGGAAUGAUGCCUCUAGAAGUGAACUUAGAUAUUCAUUACUAUUAAGUUACUAAGACUUAAAAGAGAAUAAUUACAGGAUAAGUAACAUUCACAAACUUUUACAAAUUAAGCGAGGAUCAAAAGGCUGGUAAGGCAGAAAUAACUUACAAUCUGAUCUUCAAUUUCAUAUCGAUGACUCAAGGAUAAUUAGUCAAUAAUUUUGCACUUGAAUGGCCAGUCUAUUUCAUUUUGUACAUGAUCAUAGGAGCAAUUUUAGCAAUGGAAGUGGCCAUUUUCCUCUUUUAUCAUUACAUUACCAACAGGAAGAGGCCAAGGCCAAAGAUCAAUUUAUUGAUUUAUAUUCGAAUAUUCUGGACAAGCAGUUUGUAUGGAAUAUGUUUGGCAUUUGUUCCUGCUUUGACAGUUUAUAUCUUGAUAUCAAUUAUAAUGGCAGGAAAACUAUGGAAUACUAAUUUGAGUCUGAGUUGCAAUAUGACUCCUUAUUCUGAAUCUGAUGAUGGGUGUGCAGUAGUGUUUUUUGAUUUGUUUAAGAAUCAAUUGAAAUACACAAGUGAUUCAUUCAGAUUGUUAAGAAAUGCUAGAACCGGAUUAGCCAUGAUAACAGUUGGAUUAUACAUUGUAUAUUUUAUCAGUGGCAUUUAUAUUCCGGAGAUCAAUCCCGAAGAAGAUUACAAUGGAAAUGUUAAGAAUGUAAGAUUAUGGAAACGCAGUCGCAUUAUAUAUUGUCUCGCUUUUAUCGCAACCAUUAUAUUAAUAGUGACUUAAUUUUCUUAUUCUGAUCUGUUUGCGAACAAUGCUUACAUGUUCCUGAUAUUUCUAAAAAUCUUACAGAUGAUUUUGGAGUACAUUUUGGAAGUGUAUUUUGACAACAAUCUAAUUUCAAGUCCCAUUGGAGUUAUUUGUAGUACAUACAUCAAUGUGGCCACAAUGGGUAAUCCAACAUUCUAUGACUUCUUGUUGUCUACCAUUGUGGAUAAGGGUAUUGAAAUGGUGGAAAGAGCUUAUGUGAUUAAGAUUCAGGAUAUUGUAACUGAGGAAUUGGAGGGGCAGUUUGAUAAGGUGUACAAGAUGUUGAAACGAUUAUUGGAUGAGGAGGAGGAGGAUUUCGAAUUGGAAGAUGAAAAGUUGGUGGAGAUGUAGAAAGUACUCAAGACUAAUGAGGAUGAUUCUGAUUCAGAUAUAGUGUUUUCGGAUGAUGGGAAGGAGAAUCUGGCUUCGGAUGAUGAAUCGUUUGUGAGUAAUAAGAUUUCAUCAAACAAUCAUGAGAAUUCAUUCGCUAAAGAUGAUUAUGAUGAGUUUGAAAAUAAAUUCAGAACCUAUCUCCUUGAUUAGCAUCAUAAGACUUUUCAACAAUACAAUGAGGAAUAGGGCACUCAUUAGGAAUUGGCAGCAGAUAAUGAAGAUCAAACAGAUUUGAUAGAUUAUUUCUCCAAUUUUGCCAAUGAUAUCAUAACUUUAGUAUUCAAUCCUUUUAUUACUACGAUCAUGUGGUUCUUUUAUGAUGAAUCCAAUUUAUUGGCUGAUUAUCAGAUUAAUAAGAGUGAAUUCAUCUAUUAUUUUUUAUGGACCAUAAUUCUGAUUCCCUUUCAAAUGAUGAUUGAUACCUUUGGAUACAAUCUUGUUGAGUAAUACCACGAAUUGGAUUUUCUCACUUACAUAACCAAUACAAGAGAACGAUUCAGAAAUAGAAAUCUCUUUUGGAAGGCAAGCGAAUUUCAAAACGAUUUGAAUUGCGAGACUUGUUUCCGUUCCCUUGAUUAAUGGUGUUAUUCCUCUUAAUACUACUUCAUAACCACAUUGUAGGUUUGUGCAAUCCAGAUGAUCAUCUUUGGAUCUCACAUCAUCUAUGUGAAUUAAUAUAACAUAUUUAAUGAUGAAGCCCUCAUAUUUAUAAUAUUCUUUUGGGUUGUAGUAGCAUUCUUUUUGCAUCAUCUUUUUAUUGAAAUAGGAAAGAGAUUAAAAAUCUGGGAUAUUUCAAGUAGAGUAGCACCUUAAGAUGAGCAAGUAAUGUCCUCAAUUGGUGAUAUUGAUAAAUUGUCGACCAGUCAAAUUCCUUAAGGACCUAAACUUCUUAUUCCCAAUUGGAAUCAAGCCAUAGAGUUUAGGGAGUAGACUGAACGACUCUCUGAAAUCAAUAAUAAUUUCUAAGAUUUUACUAAUGAUCAUUUCAAAAAGUUGUUUAUUACUUCCAAUAAAUAAUGGUUGGCUGACAAUAUCUAAUUAAUAUUAAGUCCGAAAACUUUGAAAUCAAAAAGGAAAAUCAUUUUGGAUAAAUUUAAUGCAAUUUAUGGUCCAUUGGAAAAGAAGAACGAAGAAGAUCCUGUGGCUGGAUUUGAUAAUGCUUGGAAUUUCAGGCAAUUCACCAAAAAUUCCUCGAGAACUGAGAUGGCUCGCACUUCACCACAGAAAUUCAAUAAAAGAAUCGAUAACAUGAGUGAAUCCACGAAGGCCAUUUUGAAAUAUUGGUUGUAUCGCUCCAGACAUAUGAAGACAGCAAUCAAAUAUAUAGGUGGAUUACUUGAGAAAAUCACAAAACCGUUUUGUGAGUAUUGUGGAUUGAAUUGGGGAUUAGGAGUAGAUACAGAAACCAGAAUUGAGGACAUCUAUUUAAGAUUCUUGAAGUAGAAGGGAUUGAAGGGGAUAUCGUUAAAUAUGGGCACUGAAAUUGAUGAUUGGCAGAACUUCUUCCCAAAACAAUGCAAAUUCAGAACCACCUGUUUCAUCUGCAAUGUGUUUAUGGUCGAGGAGAUGCAGAAGGAUAAAGUGAAAUCUUAAGGCGAAUAGAAACUAGUUGUGUAGAAGAAGAAAAACAAGUAUACCUUAAAGAAAGUGGCAAACCUUAUCCUGAUCAUGAUAAAAUUCAUAGACAUUGCCCAGAAGUUAGCAUAUUAGAAUUAAUGA